UGUUCAAAAUGGCGUCCGACUUUCGUGAGGAUCAGGUGGAACGCUCGCCAUUGCCUACUGUUAACGAACGAUUAGGUCAUCUAAAACCUUCAAAAGAGCUUCUAGAGUACUACAGAAGAAARAUUGCUGAAUACGAUGGCGAACACGAAGAAAUGCUCCAAAAACUGGACUGUUAUAAAUGUACUUACGAGGAGCAACACAAAACCCAAUGGGAGCUAAGGCAAAGAGAAGAAGAAAUAGCAGAGCUACAGAAGGCAUUGAGCGAUAUGCAAGUUUAUCUUUUCCAAGAAAGAGAGCAUGUACUGAGACUAUAUGCUGAGAAUGAUAGACUAAAGAUACGUGAACUAGAUGACAGGAAGAAGAUCCAACACUUGAUCAGUCUUAGCAGAGGAGGUGAAGCCGAGAUAACAUACUUUCAUCGCCAACCCCCUGCUAGAGCAAUUGUGACAGAACAUAAACCAUCGCCUACUAAAGGAGUUGUAGAAGGACGUGGACCAGGAGGUCAUAAGCAAGGUAGUUCCAUUAGAACUGGUGAUAAAGAGGCAUCUGGCAAUGUCCGCCCUCCAUCAAAGGACAGUCAAACACUAUUACUUCAAAUAGAGUCACUACAAGCACAAUUACAAGAACAAACACGGACAGCAAAAGAACAACUUGAUGCUCUUUUAGAGGAUAGGAGGGUGAGAAUGGAGGAACAAAAUGCACAGAGAGAYAGGGAUUCUGAUAAAAUAAAAACACUGCAAGAUAAACUACAUGAAACCCAAAAUUUACUUUAYGAAAGUACUAAAGAUUUUUUAGAGUUGAAAUAUGAAUUGAGAGCGAAAGAAAGGCACUGGAUGGUUGAACGGGAUCAAUUUAUUAAAAACAUUGAAGGCUUACGGGAUCAGUUGGACAUUUCAGAGAUGAGUAGUGUUUUGGAAGUAUCUGGUGAAGUUUUAGAACCUCGUCAAGCUCAACAGUAUGCAUUCCAUUCAUUGAAGAAUCAAUUAGAACAGUCCCAAAAGCUUGCAGAAAUGUACAGGGAACAAUGUAUUGGUCUUGAGGAGGAACUAUCAAGAAUACGUGAAAAGAGUGAUGUCAGCAAAGAAGUUUUUAAAGAAAGAAGUGAAAAAAUGGGGAAAAGAUUGGGUCUGAUGAACCAACGAUAUGAAGCACUGGAAAAGAGAAGAGCGCUUGAAGUUGAAGGAUUCAAAAGUGACAUUAAAAUGCUAAGGAAUAAACUUAAAAAUGUUGAGAAACAGCUUUUCAAGGUAACUGUCAACAUUGGUGAUGAUUAUGAUGAGCAAGUUUUACAGAAUGUCAGGAAAACAGCUGGUAGAUCAAAGAAACUGAUAGGUGAUCUUCAUAACUUGAAGGCCAAGAUUUACUCAUUAGAAAAUGAUAUACGUCAUGUUGGAUAACAGCAUGGCAUGUAUUGAUGGUUAAAGGGUGAUAUUUUCAAGUAUUGUUCAGGCAUAUACACAAGCUUACGAAAAAGUUGUCUAGGAGAAUGGUGCAUGUUAAAGCAAAAGUACGACAUGUUUGAUAAAUGAAAUUAUUAUAAUAAUAAUAAAUUACACCAGAAUUUCAGUAAAUAAUUUAAUUUCUUUGCUUUUGGUGUGAAUUGGCAUUUCACAUCAACACAAAGAACAGGGCUCARAAUAAGGGCUGGACAUAUGCAGGACAAGAUGUCCUUCCAAAAUCAUUUUUGGAAGGUCAUGUCGAAUUUUGAAAGGACAAAAACUGUAUACUAUUAUUUUCCUCAAUGUGCAGGGGACAUUGCCAUAUUAAUUCAAAUUAAAACAAGACAGUGUAAUAUCAACCAGAAACUAUUGGAAGCUAUUUAACUCAUUUCAAAAGUAAGAAAUGUAAUUAAGUUUGUAAAAGAUUUGUUUAGUAUUUUGUCUUAAAAUGUAGCAGGUCAAUUUGUCCUUUCAAAAUCCGAUUUGGCCGGUCAUCUAGCGAAUUUGGAAGGACAUUGUCUUUUGACCGGCCRUUAUUUUGAGCCCUGAACAAAUGGUGAAGUUAGUUAAAUUCAAUGUCUGAAUGCUUUGCAAGAUUUAGAGCUGUUCAAUCUGWUGUUUUUGUUGUUUUGGCAAAGUGCAUCAUSGUACUGAUGUUAGAGAUGACAGAUGUGUAAUAAACAAUGCAUAGGAUAAAGUUAUUAACUGGUAGUGCUAAUAAAGGUCAAGUAUCCUUUAGAUGCCCACUACAUCCCAGAAUUAUGUUAAAGACCUGUUUGGGAUAUCACUAAUUAUUGUUUGAAAAAAACGACAGAAACAAAUUAGUAGAGUUGUCCACUACUGUUAGAACAAAGAUUGUGAUGUGAUGAAAUAACAAAGGGAGACAGGCAAUACAAAAAAAGAUGUCCAGUAGAAACAUCCUAUAAUUCUUUGUUUUUGUUGUCUUGAUCAAUCACAAGCUUUGUUCUGACGGUAGUGGUCGACCCAAUUAGUAACAGCUCAGUUUGAACUUUCAUCAAAUAUCCCAUACUGCAACUCACCAACACCAUUAACAGAGAACCAUGUUUAAUCCAUUGUUUUAUGGUCAACCUUCUUGCAAGAUAAUGAUUGGCUGAAACAAAUUUUGAUUGAAGGCAUACAUUACAAUAAAAACUUGGGACUAGUUGAAAUACAAAGUAAUGUAUAAUAGCCAACUUUAGAUAUUUUGGUUCAGUGACCAUGCACAAAAGAAUUGCAGACAAGGCUCUGGGGAAAUAAAAGAAUAAAUCAAGAUUAUCUAUUGUUUUCCCGGAGCCUCGCAUUCUUUUGUACAAAGCUAUCAAACCAAAAUAUCUUAAGUUGACUAUUUCUUCACUCUGAAUGAAUCCCAAUCAUGGAGAUACAAAACCUAAAGCUGUAUGACUUUUGCCCUAAGGAUAACUUACAAUUGGUUUGACAAAAAGCAUAUUUUGUGCUGUUAGAAACCCUUUUCCAUUAAAAUAAAAAACAUUACUCA